UGCUAUGGAGACGUGACGCUAGUGGCGCAGCGGGAGCUGCGGAGAGUAGCUCUGUGAAUAGCCUGCGGCGUCGCUGCUGAAAGGUAGUUGGGGAGCAGAAAGGGAAAAGGGUUCGGGUGGGGUGGGGGGAAGCAGGCAGGUAUCACUCGAGAGGAGACAGGAAGGAAAGGGGGUGGGCAUUUUCCAGCAUGAUGUCAAUGAGGAACAAGAACUGCACCUCUUCCGAAGUCCUGCUCCCUUUGGCCAGCUGCUGGAGGUGCAGAGAGUCCAACAGGUGCAGCAGCUUCUCCUGGAUGCAGUGGCGGAAAACGCUUCCCCGGUUGAAUUUCUGCCAGUCAUGCAGCUAUUAAAUGAAUCUAGAGGUGGGAUGAGGGCGAUGAGCAGCUCAGAGGACACCCACCCCUCCAAGUUUGGAGGGACCAGCUUGACUCAAAGGGUUUAUCACAGAUCCGCAGGGAGAAAAAUGUGUGUAUAAAAGUUUGUCUGUGCUUAUGGUUCUGCAGUGGUGGCUUGUAUUGGGCUGUUGCUGUUUUGCCUUGUUGAGUUAGCUGCCCUGGAAGACAGGUGUGCUUAAGGCACGCAGUUAAUGGUAAUAAAUAGAUAUCAAUAUAUUUAAAUGUGUUGUUAUAACUUAUGAUACCAGCUGCCUAAAUGAUUGCAAGAAGCAAAGGCUUGGCUAUAGACUACCCCCUCUCAUCCUGACCCCACAUAUGUGAUGUCUUCUUUAUUCCAUUUAUGUUAUGCCCUGAGACCAAAUAUAUCUUUAGUACCCUUUUUCCAGACAAGGAGACCUUACGACAGGGGUCAGCAACCUUUUUCAGCCGUGGUCCGGUCCACCGUCCCUCAGAGCAUGUGGUGGGUUGGACUAUAUUUUUUUUGGGGGGGGGGAACGAACGAAUUCCUAUGCCCCAUAAAUAACCCAAAGAUGCAUUUUAAAUAAAAGCCCACAUUCUACUCAUGUAAAAACACGCUGCUUCCCGGACCAUCAGUGGGCCGGAUUGAGAAGGCGAUUGGGCCACAUCCGGCUCACGGGCCUUAGGUUGCCUACUCCUGCCUUAGGAUGAUCAAUUUACACAGCUGCUUCUGAUCUAAUGGUAUUGCUCCCCCGCCCCCCAUCGAAAAAAAGAGGAAUGUGGUCAGAACCACAUACUGCUUUCCUUUUGUUUAUACUCCAGAAAGUACAGAGUGGUCCUUAUGCAGGAAUACUAACUCCUAUGUUGCAGAAUGGGGAUUACGUACAUAGGCCUAGGUGUGCCAGCCUUAGGCUGUUUGCACAUUACUAGCUUAAAGUGCAGCUAGGGCAUUCUUUUCUCAAUUCAAAUUGAAGCUGGUUUGGGGGGAGAUGCAUCAGAAGGCAGAAUUUCACAAGGAACAACAGGAUAGAUGCGAGAUUGAUAUGGAUUGUGGCUAAGACGUGUACAGUAGGAGCCAAUUCCAGGGGGGCCAUGGGUGCUUGGGCAUCCACAAUCAUGUAAUUGUGGGGCAGGGCACCCACAAAGUCAAUGGAAAAAGCUGGCAGGCAGCAGUGGCGCUGCCUCCGAGACAGAAGCGGUCCAGCUCCGCCCUCUACAGCCAGCAAGCAAGGCACCCUUUUCUGAGCCCAAGUCCCUCCCCGCAGAAAAGGGUGCCUCUGUGGCUGCAGAGAGGAGGAGGAGGGAGAGAAGCCACCGUCGCUACAACACCGUGGACAUGAGACAUCACCCGCACACACCUGCACAUAUGGUGGUGAGCACCCACAAUCCUGAGGGUGAGAUGGCACCCCUGCCGUGUAUGAUGCUUCCAAAACCAGUGAUGGAACGUGUAAUGGAUGCAGAGGAGGUUAUACACAGCCUUAGAUAAAGCAAUAGUAACAUUUGAUCAUUUGUGCUUAAGGCCAUUGGGAUUGCUGAGGAGUCUUUGCCUACAAAAACAGUUCAUGCCCAUUGCUGGAAACACAAAACACAGAUCAAGACUGUAAUGCUCUUUUUUAUAUGCAGUGUUUACAUGACUUGAAUAUACACAAUUAUUUAAUUGUUAUUGCAAGUUGCAUUAGAAGGCUUGAUCAUUUUUCAAGCAACGUUCAGAUUUUCAGACCUUCCACAUUUAAGCUUGAAAACAUUUUUUAAAAAUUAAAAAUGGCUAUUCUUGGGUGUGUGUUUUUAACCUUGAGGAUUCCAGUGGGUUCUGAGCUUUCAAAGUAAAAUCUUGAAAACGCUAAACUUACUUAUUUUUAAAUGCUGGCUUUUCUUUCAUUGGAAAUUUGAAGAGUUGAAAUGUUCUUUGGGGAUCAUAUGGUCCACACACACCUCUUUUCCAUUAUAAUUGUAAGCCAUCUCAGAAACAGAGCAGACAGCAGUAAUUAGGAUAUUGCUUACUUUGUUUUACAGAAGGGUCACACACGUGAAGUGGAUUUUUCUGCUCAUUCUGAACUUUUUUUUCCCCCUGCACCAUGAACGCAAAGAGCCCAUUAUCCCAAAAUGGUUUAGUUCAGCCGCAUGUCCAUUACUCCUUUUUGGAAACGGCCUCUGAAGGAUUGUCACAGAGUGACUCUGAUUCUGAAAGCCUUGCUCAGGAGAUUCAGUAUCAGCUUGAACUACAGAAGCGGAUCCACAAAAGUGAAGAGCUGGUGGGCCAGUCUGGUGAUGAGCUGGAAGAAGACAGCUUAGACGAAAACAGCUUAGAUGAAGACAGCCUGGAGGAAAAAUGUCUGAGUGGAGGAGGAGAAGAAAUCUCUGAUGGAGAAGAAACACAAGUUCCAAGCAGAAGUGGUGCUGGAAAGGAAAACUGCAGCCAUGCAAGGUAAAGCAUUUGCAUUUUAAUGUACAGGCAUUUCUGCACUUCUGUUUUCGGUCAGGACAUGUUAAAAAUAUAAGGACAAACCUAAAAUGAGCCCUACCGGAUCAGGCAAAGAUCUGUCUAGUCCAGAGACCUGUAUAGGGUAUUGACUACAAGCAGACUAUGAAGGUAGUAACCCUCCUGUCUUCUGAGGUAUACUCUGUUUUUAUGUGGACGUUCCAUUUAGCUUUCAUGGCUAGUGGCUGCUGACACCUAUUCUCCUUUAUUUGUCUGAGCCUGAUUUUAAUCACAUAUACUGAGAAGAGUGAAUGACAAGACGGUCAUUUACCAAGUAAUAAGUUAUCACAGUAUACAUGUGAUUUCUUGGUAAGCUGGUUGUUGUUGUCUUGCUAAGUGGUGGAGAUCAUUCUACUGCUUGCAUGCAAUUCUGUUUAUAUGCAGAAGUGAAAAAUCAAAGAUUGCUUCUUGAUUACUGUUCGUUGAACAUUUAGCCUGGUUUGUUUGCUCAAAGUUUGUGGGGAAGUUAGACUAUAUCAUCUAUUUAUUGUGCAUUGAUCCUGAUUUAUUUGCAGGAUCAAAGUUAGGCAAUGCAGUCAAGCAAAUGUUAUGCUAUACUUUCCAGUACAUUUUUCUGUCACUUCUCUUCUUUAUAAAAGGUCCAAUUUGGGGAGGGGAAAGAGAAUUUGUUGCGUAAGAGCUCCAAAUCAGCUUUAAUUGCACAACCUGAAUUUUGCUGACAUGUGACUAAAUCCCACACAAAAAUAGCGAUGGUCUAAAAGCACCCAUAGAGAUGAACCUCAAAGUUUUGAUUACCUUUAAUCUGCCAGUUUUCAUUUACCUGGUCCUUUGUUUUACAUAUGAACUUGAUUUUUUGUUUAUUUUAUUCCCAUUUUAUUUUAAGGGGGAUCAGCCUAGGAACCUGAACAGUGGUAUACAAAUACUUCCAGUAAAUUAAAAGUGCUGAAGAAAACUGCUGUAUUUGUUUGCAGAAGCAUUCCACUUUCUUCUAGUGACCAAUAUGUUCUAAGUAGAACAUUCUCUUGUGUUAUCAAAUAUAGUCGUACCUUGGAAGUUGAAUGGAAUUCAUUCCGGAAGUCCGUUCAACUUCCAAACAUGUGGAAACCAAAACGCGGCUUCCAAUUGGCUGCACAAAGCUCCUGCAACCAAUCAGAAGCUGCGGAAGCCUUGUCAGACGUUUGGGUUCCAAAUAACAUUUGCAAAUGGGAACAGUUUGCGGCAUUCGGGAGCCAAAACGUCCGAGUACCAAGGCGUUCAGGAUCCAAGGUACGACUGUAAUAGAAACAGAGUUGACACACUUAUUUCUUAUCAUAAUCCAGUAACUGUAAAUACUACAGUGGUACCUCGGGUUAUAUACGCUUCAGGUUACAGACUCCGCUAACCCAGAAAUAGUGCUUCAGGUUAAGAACUUUGCUUCAGGAUGAGAACAGAAAUCGUGCUCCAGUGGCGCAGCGGCAGUGGGAGGCCCCAUUAGCUAAAGUGGUGCUUCAGGUUAAGAACAGUUUCAGGUUAAGUACGGACCUCCAGAACGAAUUAAGUACUUAACCCGAGGUACCACUGUAAUAGAACAGUGAGAUUUAAACAUUUUUUAAGAAAAUUGUUCUACAUAUUUGUUAACAUUAAGAUCACAGUGGUAUCUUCAAAACAAUGCUUUUAACAGUUCAGUCCUAUGACAUAAGAAUUAAGUUUAUUGAAGUCAAUGAUAAGUCUUCCUCCCAGGUAAGCAUGUAGAGGAUUGUAGCCUAAACAACACAGUGUGUCACAAUCUUUAUCACAGGGGUCCCUAACCUGUGGCCCUCCAGAUGUUGUUGGACUACAGCUCCCAUCGUCCCUGACUAUUAGCCAUUCUGUCUAGGGCUGAUGGGAGUUGAGUUGAAUUUCAACAACACAAGGAGGAUCCUGAGUUUCUUUCCCAUAAUACAUUUGUUUGCAUGAUGUAUUGAAUUGAUUUUUAGCUGUGCUUGACAAAGACCCUGCUGUAUUGGAAACUUGUUUUGCAAAUACAUACAACAUUCUUAAUUCAUUUCUCUGGCCUGAAGACUGGUGCUGCCCUCCUUUAUAUUUUUAAAUAACAUUCUGGACAUCUGUUGGCUGGGCAAUGCAAACAGACUGCUUACAAGACUACUUGCACUCACUGGCAAGUUAUCAGCUGUAAAAUGGGCAUAAAUUCUAUUGGUUUCAAGUGUAUAUACAGUCCUUCAAUCACAUUUUUAAAUGUAUCUGCUUAUGCUAGAAGGCUCUAAAAUUUUAAAGGACUUUUGAGGAUGUGCCAAUGAAAUAGUUGCCUUUUUUAUUCAAUAACUGCAUAAAUGCCAAAUUAAAAAAUUCCAGAGUGGUUAUUUGUUUUCCCUGCUUACUUUGAGAGGUGCAUUAACUUCCCCAUUCUGUGCAAAUAGAAAUUGGAUUUGUUGCGUGCACUGAAGGCUUAAUGCGGCCUAAAUGCAAAAUAAUUGUUGUUUAAAAGGAUUAAAUUAAGCCUGAAUCAAAAAACGAUAAACACAAUCCAUUUUCAUGCUCCGCUUAGAAACAAACAUGGCAAAAAGGAAAGAGGGUUAAAUUAUUAACGGUGCGCUUUCAUGCACCUCCUCAAUGGGCAAAGUGGCUAGUUAUUGAACAUUUUAUUGCAAGUGGGAAAGGAUGUUAAUUGUGUAGGAAACAUGCUCCAGCCUUUGUGGGGAGGGGGAUUCUGACAGAGCACAAAGCUCUUCAUUCAAUGGAAAUUUGAUGUUAUGUUCUUCCAAAUUAUCGCAGUACGUGCUCAGAUGGAGUCCAUUAAUGGAGACAAAUAUCAUUCCCUGUGCCUGUGAUGCUUCCUGUCUGCCUCUAUUCUGAGCUCAGAAUUUGAAGUGGAACCCCUACAUCUGUUGUUCCAGAGAGAGUCCAUAUAACCCUUAUUCAGCAGAGAAAGCGGGGCACAGGAUUACAGAGAGAGAGCGACAGAGACGGAGACCCUCUUUUUGUCUUGUUUUGAAGAUGAAUCUAUUCACCUCCGUUUGGAUUCACCAGGUUGACCCUAGACAGCACAGCGCAGCAGAGCUCAUGCUCUUGGAUUUCAGUACAAUGAGCAUUGGCAAGGAUCACACUCUGUUGUUAGAAGCAUUUCCAUUGUUUUAAGCCCAGUGUGACAUAUUUCUGGGCUUGUGCCACUUCAGAAAAGCUCUCCUGCAUGCAUAUCAUUUGCAUUCAUGAAUAAUCAUGGCUGGUUUUGGACCACCCUCCAGAUAAACCUGCAGGGACAUUAAUAAUGUGUUCCAGUCCCUAGCCUAGCCAGCUGCAGGCAUUAGCUGAAGUCAGGGGUGCCAACUUGAAUAAAAUAUGGGGGGGGGGGGGCAGGUAAGCCCUGCCCUGCAUAAUUGAUCACAUGACAGUGCACACACAAUUUGAAUGGCAAUCCCCAUCAACUUUGGAGGGGCCCAUCCCUCUCAAAUAUUGUAUGGAGUUGGCUCCUAUGGCUGAAGUUCACUGGAUAAUUUACAGUGGUACCUCGGGUUACAUACGCUUCAGGUUACAUACGCUUCAGGUUACACACUCUGCUAACCUAGAAAUAGUGCUUCAGGUUAAGAACUUUGCUUCAGGAUAAGAACAGAAAUCAGGCUCCAGCGGUGCGGCAGCAGCAAGAGGCCCCAUUAGCUAAAGUGGUGCUUCAGGUUAAGAACAGUUUCAGGUUAAGUACGGACCUCCAGAAUGAAUUAAGUACUUAACCCGAGGAACCACUGUACAUGGUUGGUGUCUCCAGGCUUUCGAGGGCUCCUGGCCAAGCAAGACACACUCCAUGGGCCACCCACCCUUAGUGAGUUUACUUCCUCACUCCCAUUGCCACCUACUUGCUUCCCAGGAAGGGGGAGCCACUGAGCAAGCAGGAAGUGGCAGCUCCUCCUCCUAGUGGUCGCCAGAGGAAGAGGUCGAAUGACCUGAAUGGCGUUCAGGUUGUAAUGGUGAAAAAGAGGAGCAGACCCAGGGGAGGCUUCUGUCAUGGGCCGCCUGUUGAGAUGUGGACCCUCGACAGAGGCCCAUCCAUGCCAGUCCUUGGCACCAGCCCUGAUUGCAAUUGAUCCUAGGGUUAAGCUUUUGGCCUGUAUAGACAGUGGCCAAAGUAGCUUUGAUUUGACUCCCUCCUGAAAGACAUCCAGCUCCCAUUUCAGUUUGGAAAAUUGCCUCGCAUCCACCACCCUGGGUUGUUAUUUUUCAUAGUCCUGAUUGGAAAGCCAGUGCCACAUACAUUCCUUGAAAAGAAUUACCUUCGAGAGAAAGUGAGUGAGGAAACAAAAGGCUUCAGUAGUGGCUGAGAAACAAAGGGUUGUACCCAACUCCUCAGAGUAGGCCCUUAGAAAUGAAUGGACCUAAAUUAGUCAUGUUGAUUAGUGUCAGAGAGUCAGCUCUGAGUAUGACCAACUCUGGCUAGAUCCCUGAGUAACAGACAUUGAAAGCUCCUGGUUCAAAUUUUACCUCUGCCAUGAACUUGUGCGACCUCACACAAGCCUUUUCUCACCCUCGCUCAGUAAUAUGGAUUUUUUUAUUUGUGUUUAAGUUUCAGAACAGUCAAAAGAAAGUACAGUGGUACCUUGGGUUGAGAACUUAAUUAGUUCUGGAAGUCUUAACCUGAAACUGUUCUUAACUUGAGGGACCACUUUAGCUAAUGGGGCCUCCCGCUGCUGCUGCACCGCCACUGCACGAUUUCUGUUCUCAUCCUGAAGCAAAGUUCUUAACCCGAGAUACUAUUUCUGGGUUAGUGGAGUCUGUAACCUGAAGCGUCUGUAACCCGAGCUACCACUGUAUGCACAUGAUUAAACAUGAUUAAACUUUGGAAUUCUCUCCACAAGAGGUAGUGAUGGUCACCAACUUGGAAGGAAAUCAAAGGCUGCUAGCCAGGGUGGUUGUGCUCUACAUCAACGGUUGGCUUGAUCCAGAAGAGCUUUCCUUAUGCUAUAUUCUUAGGUUUCUGUCUCCUUUCCUAAAAACUUCAAAGCAGUACUAGCUGUACAGGACAUAAGGUGCUGGAGACUAGCUGCCGGAGACCUUGAUUUGAGAUGUGGGCAGACCACCAGUGCCUUCUAACAAGUGAAUUUUUAGCGUCUGGUGGUCACCGUCUGCUGUUUAACAAAAAUCGAACAAUUGUUUCAAGUGACUGUAGAUAAGUUGCUUUCUGGUUGUCACAAAAACCAUAACCUGCCAUUGUAAGCACUAAAACACCCAGGUAUAUUCCUUGCAUCCGAACCUUAAAAUUCUUAUAAUAGUUAGGGCCCAUGACUGGGAUUGUAAAAUAAGAAGCCUUUGAAAAUAAUGCUUUUCUUGAUCAAAACUUCCUUUUCGUUUGUUCCUUUUAGUAACGAAAAGGAAACAGUGGACAGGUAUUCAGAGCUGAGAUAUAAUCCCAACUGGAAGAAUAAUAAAAAGGCAGUAGGCUUUGUCGAAUUAGAUGGCUGUCCCCCAGAGGAAGACGAAGACUUGCCUGUUCUCUCCAUCGAUUCAAAUGGCAGCCCUUCCCAGUUCAGAUUCAUAUACAGGCAUCGCCAGCACCAGGAAAGACCACAAAACAGACCACCUGUGUUUGACAGGGAGCUCUUGAACUCUUGCGAUCAGCCUGCAAAGGUCAGCAAUGGAUCUUGUGGUUUGUAUAACAAGGAACAGGAAGUAGUAGUUCUUUGCCAUUAUAACAGCUGUUCUAGUAUACACAGCGACAGUUCUUCUACUCAGAUGAAAGAGUUUAAACCAAGGCCUGAGAAGGACUUUGUCGAAAAGAACAAGCUCACUUUGGGACUAGUGAUCCAAGAGAACAAUUCUUAUCUUCAGCGCCAUGGUAAAAAGCAAAGGGAAGACCAUGAAGAAGAGGUAGGUGAAUGACCUCUGCUCAGAACGUUCUGACAGCACUUAGCAAUUAUUUACAUGUCAAUGUGUUCAAAACCCUUCAUGUCUCAUAUUUUAUUUUCUUUAAUUUGUACUGUGUGCAAUGCAAUAUUUGCAAACCAUCCAAUAAAACGAGGGUUUGAGUUCCAUGAAGUUGCCCCAUUAAGCAGCUUAUUUUUAUCAGUUUGUAUUUAAUAAUAAUAAUAAUAAUAAUAAUAAUAAUAAUAAUAAUAAUUUAUUUGUACCCUGCCCAUCUGGCUGGGUUUCAAACAAUGUUUUUAGAAUGUUGUAAGCCUCCUGGAGUCCCAGCUUGGGAGAAACAUGAGACAGAAAUACAAUAAAUAAAUUAGCACCAGGACUUCCACCAGAUGGGGUGCAGGGUUAUGAACAUAUUUUUGAGACGGGGGUUACCUGGGAGUAAAUCCGGUUGAACUCAUUGGGACUUGCUCUUGAGUAGAUGUGUAUAGGAUGGCACAGUAUUGAUUUAUGCGGCAGAUGACGUAGAUAUAAAAAAUAUGCAUUGACUGUGAAAAGGAUUUGACAAAUCAAGCUACAAUCUAGACAAAAUGAAAUCCUUUUCACAGACGAUGCUUCCACCCUACCUACUCCCAAAUCAGACAUUUCCUUGAAGGAUGCUCUACAUUACUUCAGUCCUAAUCUCUAGAACUUGACAUAAACUUUUUCACACGCUAGGGGGCACUGAAUGAAUGCUUUAAUGUUAGUUGGAGUCCUGGCAAUUUCCCUGACAGCAAUAUUUGGAAAUGCAGAUUUUGCAUAUGGAAUUCAUCUGGGGCAAAUACUGCUCACUUCGAAUGAAGGAAGAUAAAGGAUGUGUUGAUGUGUUGAUUUUUCUAUAUUUGCCACUGCUGCAGAAUUGGGAAUAUGUGUGGUGUAGCCUAGAGUCAUGCCACCCUGCAGAUUUUACCCUUAAGCACCAUCUUUCCUUUAAGAAUGUGCCACUGUUUCCAGUAUAGCAGGUCUUUAUUUCUGAAAUGUGAAAAGUGAUUAUAAUGAUAUAUGGUUCAGUCUGUUUCGGGCUGCAGCUAUGGCAAUUAUACAGCAAAUUUCAAAUGUACAAAACACUUUUUCUGAAUAAUCUCCCAUAGCAAGAAGGACCCACAUUUGGAACACCACAAUUUUUGCUCUCAUUGGUGCACCUCCUAGUAGGCCAUUACUAAUAUUGCCAUUUUGCAGAUGGGAGAAGCUGAGGCUGAGAGAAUGACUUGCCUGAGGGCACCUAGUGAAUUCACGACAGAGGCAGGAUUCAAACCCAGGGACCACCUCAUUUGUAAUUUGGACUUUCAUGGCCCAUCCUAUGCAUGCUUACUUGAAAAUAUCGUAUUUUUCGCUCUAUAGGACGCACCUGACCAUAAGACGCACCUAGUUUUAGAGGGGGAGAACAAGAAAAAAAAAUCUCUCCCUCUCUGCGCAGCGCCUCUCCAGCAAAGCGAAGCCAGGAGAGCAAGAGGGAUCGGUGCGCACCGAUCCCUCUUUGUCUCCUGGCUUCAGCGAAAGCAACGCGAAGCCUCCGGAGCACAGCGGGAGCUCCCACUGCACUCCGGAGGCUUCGCGUUGCUUUCGCUGAAGCCAUGGAGCCUGCAUUCGCUCCAUAAGACGCACACACAUUUCCCCUUAAUUUUUGGAGGGGAAAAGGUGUGUCUUAUAGAGCGUAAAAUACGGUAAGUCUCACAGAAUUCAGUAAGCCAUACUGCCAAGUAAGUGUGCAAAUGUUUCUUUAUGCUUAUGAAGCAUUAGGACAGGGUGGGUGAUUCUGGACUACAACUCCCAUGAUCCCGGGCCACUGGCCUUGUUGGCUGAGGCUGAAGGGAGUUGUUGUCCCUCUAUCUGGAGGGCCACAGGUUCUCCAUCAUUGAAUUAGGGUGUGAAAUUGCUAUGGUUUCUUUCUUCCUUUCCCACUUCCUUUUGCGUUAUAACUAUUUGUAAUUAAUAAUACUAAUAAUAAUCCUACAUCCGUUCUCAAUAGUUCUUGGUUAGAAUACUUCCAGAGGUUUAAACACAGGAGUAGGUUGAAUUCUUCUGGGUUAAUAUUGAUCUAAUGCAGAGGGAAAAGCACCCAGAAGUAAAUAACUGGCAAUGUGGAAUGAUGAUAAGCAUUGGUGUGGGGAGAGAGAAAUUACCCACCAACAGAUUUCACUUGAAUUCUUUGUGGUUUGUACGUAUUUAGCAAUCAGCUCAAUGGAGCUAUGUUUCUUGGCAUGUCAAAGCGAUUAAUGCUGUUAGCCUCUGGAAGUUAAACCUUGGCAUAACGUAAUACCACCUUAAUUGGCGCACAGUUUCAGCAAAACCUACUCUAAGGAAAUACAUUCGUUGUUUGCUUGUUAAAGGUAGCAGUUAAAAGAACGAGCUUUCCUUUGGCAUGUUUCUGUGCAGUACUCAAACCACAGACAAAGUCAGCGGAGCCCAUAAACAGCUGAAUCUAAGAAGAAUUUACUGCAGAGCAGUUGACGAGAUCUCCAGAUUGUAUCUUGAUUCACCGGUUUGUCAAAGCCAACUAAAAAUAAGGGACUUCUCAUGUUUGGCAGAUUAUGUGUCCCUUAAGAAAAGUAUUAGCUUAUGAAACAAUAUAAAAUACAAAUUAAAAUAAAAUCUUAGAUUAGCUUCACAAGGGGAUUUUGUAUUUUCAACCUCUUUCAUGGUAAUCUGGCUACAAUAUGGGUCUAUUUCACAUAUGUUUCUUCCCGACUCAGUUUCAGGUGAAUUUUUAUGUACUAUUUUGCUGAAAUAUUUUGCACUGAUCUUUCUAUUAACAGCACUGACUCCCUAUUUCAGUAUUUAUGGGUCCCAUGGAUGUUGUCUGUGGUCUUGCCUUUGUGAACCCUAUACAGUCAUACCUUGGGUUGAAGUAGCUUCGGGAUAAGAAUUUUCGGGUUGCGCGCUGCGGCGACCCAGAAGUAACGGAGCGUGUUACUUCCUGGUUUCACCGCUCAUGCAUGCGCAGAUGGUAAAAAUGACGUCAUGCGCAGAAGCGUCGAAUCGCGACCUGCGCGGACGCGGGUUGCAUUCGCUUCUGGAUGUGAACGGGGCUCCAGAAUGGAUCCUGUUCACACUCAGAGGUACCACUGUAAAUAGUAGACAACUCCACCCGCCUUUGGCUCCUACCAUUUGCAUUGGGAGGGAGACUUCCAAUAGCACUAACACAUCUUUGCCUCUAACCACUCUCCUGGAAUUCCGUAUGGAAAAGUGAGCAUAGCUAGCAGAGAACAUAUAAAUCGCUUGGUCCCUCCUCAGCCAAGUUGGUAAAAGGCUAUCAUUAAUUUAUUUUACUAGCCUUCUAAGAAGUUAAUAGCCUGCACACCCUCUCCUCUGCAUCCAGGCUGAAAACACAGGCUAUUUAGCCUCUUAGCAGACUAGAACCAAUUUUUUUUUGGGGGGGGGUUGGGCAGGAUUCUCCUAACAAGCCCCAUCAAGCAGAGGCCCCAUGCAAGGACUUCCGCUUGUGCAAUCGGGCUUUCCUCUGCCUGUGCACCCCCCAAAAUUGGCUUUAGGGGGAGUCGGGAGAGUGUCCAGAGCAGUGAGCAGGGAGAAGAGGGUGGAAUUGUCCUGACUGGCAAGCCAAAAUGCUUGCACAGGUGGAAUGUUUGUCAUGGUGCAACAUUAAAUCCUACCCUUAGUAACGUUUGGGGGCUUAUUUUCAAGGUGACACUCAUGGGAACUUAUUUAAUUUGUUAAUUGCAGCUGCAGAGCGGUGGCCAGGUUUUUUGUUUGCUUGCUUGCUUUUGGACCUGCUGGAAGGAAAGGGUUAAUCCAUCUUCUGCUCCAAAUCUGGGCUUUCAUCAGCUGCUAUUUACAUCGGGGAGGGGGCAGAUAUACACAACAUUAAACCACAUGUAAUUUGACCUUGAGUGUCCACCUGAAAGAUGCACAUCUAAAAGAAUGUAAUGUGCAAAGCAGCCUUAAGAUUAGGUUAUCUUGGAACAGUUAGCGAGGAAAGCUAUAUAAAUGCUAAUUAUAAUUAUUGUUGCUACUCCCGUUGUUGUUAAAUGGGUAUACAUCUGCGCCAGGCUGUACAAAUCUGGGCUGAAGUGAAUGUUUCCCUCGUUCAGAUCGUAUUUUCUAAAGCAUCAACUUCUUUUGCAGUGCUGCCUGAUUCCCUAAGAACCCGAUGAUGAGUUUCUUUGAGCACGAGAGCGAAGUAGUGGGGCCUAUCUAGCUGAGCUGUGCUCAUACUGAGUUUCUUUUCCUCCCUGUAAACCCCUUACUUCAAAGCGAGGAACAUAAUGUACGAUUUUUUAAUGGCUCUAGACCAAGGCACUCAGACUCUCUGUGCACUGUGCCUUACCUCCGUGUAAACACCUAAUCAAGAUUGCCUGCGCUCCAACAAUAGCAGCCAAAUGCAAUUCGAGAACCACAAGCCUUUGAAGUCCUCCCUGCAAAGGCCGGUUUUCUAGUCCGGGAUAAUGACAUCUCAUGAUUGCUGCCUUUGUUGUAUCUUUUCAGCAGAGAAGCAAUUACGGGCCUCAAUUUAACAGAAUAGACAUUACACAGCUUAUGAUGCUCAAAAUGCAAUUUCAUUUGAUCAUUUUCUCAAUUUGAUUGGCAUUAAUAGAACAGUUCGCUUCCAAAAAAAAAGAAGAAGAAGAAGAAGGAAGGAAGGAGAGUGGGUCGAAGUUCUGUCCUGUUCUUCUUUCAAAGAGAUAAUGCAGAAGCGUGCUCUUACCUGCCUGGCGCACUGUGCGGCUUGUGGCGCUACCAAAACAUUUUUUCUCCCAGCAGCAAAAAUCUGUCUGUCUCCGUUUGUUCUGGAAGAGCUGAGCUCUCGGGUGGCUUCUCAAUAUUUCUAAACUGCCCUGUGGUGCUGUGAGGGCUGAUAGGCUCAGCCAUUAAUUAGUACUUGGAUCAAUGUGACUCAGCGAGACGAUUAAUUACAUGAGCUGAAGACCCCUGAAAGUUAUGGUUCUGAAUUCCCCUUGGUUUGAUAUGGCUACCCAGCUGCAAAGUGCCGUCUGCCUUCCUGGAGCAGCAAAGGCAAAUGGGGUCAGGCCACCAAUGCCUGCACCAUUGCUCCUUUUGGGUCAUUCUCAGCUGCAUGCUAUGAUGCUCAGCACAUUAUUUCUACCCAUAGCAGGACCUCACUGAGCAUGCUUUAUAUCAGGGAUAGCCAACAGGGCACCCUCCAGAUAUUGCCAAACUGCAACUCCCAUCAGCCCCCAGCCAGCCUGGCCAGGGGUCAGGGGUUAACAGCAGUUGUAGUCUGACAACAUCUGGAGGAUGGAACGUCUCCCAGGACAGCACCAUGGAAGGGCAUUUUGCUUCCUUAUUUAUCCAGACACAAACACGUUAAUUACUGUACAGCUACAGUUCAGGCAGGACCUAAAUGAGAGGUGGGGGGGGGCAGGGGACUGUAAUUAAUUUAGCCUCCUCCUUAGAGUGUAAUGCAAAAAGGGAUUGGAACAAUACGAGGCUUAAAGGGCUCAUUUGGUCUCGUGCUCUUAAAAUAAAAGAGAAAUGCAGUGGUAAUGCUUGCAAUUGAAAGAGGAGUAAGGAUUUGGAAGAUUAAUAAUUAGGGGCAUGUUUAAAGGAGCAGCCAACUCAUGCUGUAGAUAAACAGAUUGUGGCCCAAACCACCUCACAAGGGGGGGAGAGAAGGGGCAAAUGUCUGUUCCCCAUUCGUUGUUUGUUUGUUUAAAGCAUCUUCAUCCUGUUCUUCAGCCAAAAAAAAAGGCUUACAGAUGUCACUCAUGAAAUGGUCUCGACCCUCAGGCUUACAACCUAAAAGUCAUGACAUAAAAGGAAAAGCGACUCGGGAGGGAGAAGGGGGCAAACAAAUGCUGCUUCUUAGGUUGAAAUCCACCCCACCCCCUUAUUCUGGGCUGUGAGACAGCACAGGAAAAUAGGAAGCUCCUUUAUACUGCGCCAAGCCCAUUGGCUCUUCAGCUCAGUAUUGUCUACACUGGUUGGCAGCUGCUUUCUAGGGUUUCAGAUAGGAGUCUCUCCCAGACCUACCCGGGGAGGCCAGGGAUUGAACCUGUUUAUUUUAUUUUUAACAUAAUGUAUAUAUUGCCUGAUUGUAAAAAGAAAACAAACCUCUAAGCAGUUUACAACAAUAUAAAAGAAAACAUUAAAAAUUAUUGGUAAAAGUUCUUUUUUAAAAAAAACCUGUCAGGGAACUGACAUCGGAGCUAGAGGCGGAGGGAAGGCUCUCAAAUGAUGCUGGAGAAGGGCCCAGCAGGGAGAGAGGCAGCUCAGCAGAUGGGGAAGCAAUUCAGCGCAACACCAGGAAUAAAGAGGGGCAGAUGGGGGAAUCGGCGAGAGGGCUCCCAGACUCUUCACCGGACACCAGCGGAGAGAGCAUGGGUCCUCCGCUACCCACGCCCUCCCUGCGCAGAAGACUUCCGCACAGAGAGAGUAGGAGGAGACUGGGUGUCAAACAACUUUUAUGUUGGAAAAGGUUUAAGAAACGCCCACUGACGGAUUCUGCUAGUGACUGAGGCAGCCACGAAGUGAAGGGCUGUCCAGGCUGAAAGGUUUAACAAGGCAACAAAGCCAGGAGAGGUGGCAACUUACGCACGAGCAACCCAUACUCUUUACAAAACGGUUUGGGAAAUUUUCAAAAUAUGAUUGAAAUCAGCGAUAGCGAAAAAUAAAUGAAGCACGUAUAACUUCUGCCUAUGAGUUUCUACAUGCAAAGCAGAUGCUGUACCACUCAGCUAAAGCCUUUUCCCUUAUAGUAUCCUUUCCCUUGCUUCUGCCAGCUCAGCUGGCUUUUGAACGGGCAGGAGACUUGCUCGCAGUACCUCUGCCAGUGGAGUCUGGCAGAAGGCCCUGAAAUGGAGGGUUCUUAGCAUGGGACUGCACCAGCUCAGAAUCUGAUGGGUCCUGAGCUGGUCUUGCAACUGGCACUGGCCAGCAUCAGACACAGUCUGGGCCUGAUCACUAUGCAGCGGUGGACCUUGGGGGUCUCAAAUUUCAGUGGCACCCUGUACGAAGCUAAAAUUCAGUGGCAGCGGGGCACUGAAUUUUAGCUUCGUACAGGGUGCCACCCCAUUCGUGCUCCCCUGAAUCCAUCUCUGCACUGUGCCAGCAUGGAUAUGGCACAGGGAUCAGGAUCCAUCUGCCUGCCCCAGACUCCAUCCAUACCACUGUUAAGCGGCCAUUUUGCAGAUGCAGCACAGAGCCUUGGAAGCAGGGAGUUAAGAUCAGAGGCGGGGGAUAAAUUCAGUUCAGUUCUCUUUCAGAGCUAAACCCGCAUCAUUCUCGCUUUCUGAAGCCGUACCCAGACUGAAACUCUGCUAUCCUCCGCAAUUCGCCCUUCACCAAAUUUUGUAACACUGUUCUCCAACCAAAUAACAUGUAUAAAAAUGCAUAUAUUUGGGCAAAUGUUGAAUGUGUGAAGGAGAGCUAUCGCAGGAUUGGUCAUCUGUCAUGGAUGCUUUAGUUGAGAUGUUCAGGGAAGUUUUUAAUGUGUGACAUUUUAGUGUAUUUUUGGUCUUUGUUGGAAGCUGCCCAGAGGGGCUGGAGAAACCCAGCCAGAUGGGCGGGGUACAAAUAAGAUUAUUGUUGUUGUUGUUGUUGUUAUGCCUGAAUUGGAAGGAAUUGGACUAGAUGGUUCUCAGGAUUCCUUCCAACUCUAUGAUUCUAUGAAUAUUAUUAUUAUUAAUUCAACUCACAGUAUAUGACCUAUACCCGGAGGUCUCAGGGCAGUUCACAACAAGACCACAACAUAUCAAAUCAAAUCAAAAGCAAUAACCCAAUAACGCCCCCCCCCCAAAGCCACGUUUUAAACAGGUAUUGGAUGUCAAUAAGAUCAACCAAAGGCCUGGUUAAAAAGGAACUUUUUUGCCCACUGCCUAAAGGUGUGUAAUGUAGGUGCCAGUCGAACUUCCCUGGGGAGAGCAUUCCAUAGAUGGGGAACCACUGCAGCUAAGGCCCAUUCUCGUUUUGCCACCCUCUGGACCUCUCGAGGAGGCGGCACACAAAGGAGGGCCUCAGAAAAUGAUCUCAGGGACCGGGUAGGUUCAUAUGGGAAGAGGCGGUCAUGCAAUUGUUGACUCUUGGAUCAACAUUCAAAUUCAGUACUUUUCAGCUGGGUCAGUUUCACCCAUGAAAGUCUCUUCAGAGUGCAUACCCUCCAACAUUUCUCCAAUGAAAAUAGGGACAUGUUGUUGAUGUUGUUGUUGCUAUUGUUGCCGUUGUUUUGCCCCUGGAAAAUAGGGACACUUGGAGGGUCUGUGAGUGUUCUGAUGGAUACAAUAGGGGCAAGUGGUAUUGUAUAGGGGAGCUCUGCCCCUAAUCUGUCCACAUUUUUUAAAACAGUAUUUCAAGAGCCCUUGUAUGUAUAGCUGUAUCUGGCAAAGACUCUCCUCAUAUGAUGGCUUUGAGAAAGGCCAUUUCUCUCUCUUUCUUUUUUUUUAGUUGGAUUGUGUGCUUGAGAUUAUGCUGUAACCUCUUGAACAUACUGUUUUGAGUUUCCAGCUGCCCGCUCUUUAGGAGACAAGCCAAGGAGGAAUGUUACGCUGCGACAGUAAAGCGAUGCAAGUUUUUCUUUGCUGAAAAGUGAAUUUUUAAUUUCCCCCCCUUUUUUCUUUUUACAACGCCGCUCAAUGCACCCAAGCAGGAAAGCGAUGGUCAGCUCACCGCUUGCCUCCGUCUCACACCGAGACUGUAGGGCUAUAAGCAAGAUUUGGUUCUGCAUAUAAACACUAAUCACUAGAGAAAAGGUCUGGCUAACAGGUUAUCGUCUUGUCACCGGGAGCUGGGAUUCCCUAGUGCUAAAGCUUUCACUAAAACAUUCUGCUCUAUAUGUGACUUAAUACCCACCAUUAAGCAGUUAUUCUGAGUGCAUACACUCUGUCUCCAAUGCAAGUGUUGGAUACAAAGGAACCCUGGGGAGGCUGGAGGAUGAAAUGGAGGAGUUCAGUGCGGACAAAGAUUAAAUGGAUUGAGAAGGGCUUUGUGCGUUACCUCUGGGGAGUCCAGCGUCUCACCUCAUGAGGAGUGGCACCUGAGGCCUUAACUGGAACUUGAUGAAGCUUUAACUUUUCCCCCCGCAAUCCAUUUUGAGUUUGAUGGUUCUUUAAAAUGGCGAGGGAGACCUCUUAGCUCCUAUUCAGACAUUGACUCAGCCAGGGUCAGCGCUGCCAUUAGGCAAAGUGAGUCAGGCGCCUCAGGUGGCAGUUGCAGAGGGGGCGGCGAGUGAAGAGAGCUGUUUGUGUGCUACAUAGCCUGCCUGCGGUCUACCUUCGUUUGCCUGUUGCCCUUGAAUGAGGCCCUCUUUUAUUGCCACUGUCAAAGUCAGAUUCACCUGCCAGCCUGGUUGGCUAUAUAUAUAUAUAUAUAUAUAUAUCUUUUAGAUUUUCCACAAUGGUAGCAAAAACCACAAAGCAGAGUGGUAUACAAAAACAGAAAAAAGAAAAAAAAGGGGGGAAACAAUAAACAGAUAAACAAUAACAACAAACUUAAUUCUUCACAAAUCCAACCUUUUAAGCAUCUUAGUUGACUUCCUCAAGUCCCUCCCUUCUGAGUUUCCUUGUAGUUAAAAGUAACAGCUUUCCAAUAUCAUUAUUAGGUAAAGGUAAAGGUACCCCUGCCCGUACGGGCCAGUCUUGCCAGACUCUAGGGUUGUGCGCUCAUCUCACUCUAUAGGCCGGGAGCCGGCGCCGUCUGAAGACACUUCCGGGUCACGUGGCCAGCGUGACGGAGCUGCAACUGGCGAGCCAGCGCAGCACACGGAACGCCGUUUACCUUCCCACUGGUAAGCGGUCCCUAUUUAUCUACUUGCACCCGGAGGUGCUUUCGAACUGCUAGGUUGGCAGGCGCUGGGACCGAACGACGGGAGCGCACCCCACCGCGGGGAUUCGAACCGCCGACCAUGCGAUCGGCAAGUCCUAGGCGCUGAGACUAAAACAAUUUCCAAUUAUAGUCCAUCUUAUUCACUUUUCUUAACAUUCUAAAUCCCAUUUAUUUAAUUAUAACUUAAUUUAAUCCUAGGCCUAUUUGUUUUCUUUCAAGUAAUUUCUAAUUUUUUUAUGUUACAAUAUUUAUUCAAAUAGUCCUUAAAUUUCCUCCAGUCCUCUUGGAACUCCUCUUCUUUCUGGUCCACGGAUUCUUCCAGUCAGGUCAGCUAGCUCCGAAAAGUCCAUCAUCUUCAUCUGCCAAUUAGCCUGGUUGGCUUUUGUGCAUGGAAACGGGGGGAGGUGCCAUCCUGUCCUUUACAUGGAGGAGCAAAACACCUUGGACAAGCCCCAGAAGCAGCCGAUUGAUCUUUCGCCCUCAUCACCGCAAAUCUAAAGCAAUGUUUGAUGUGGGCACAGAACAGAAGUCCAUUCCCCCAAAGGCCAAAUCAGGCAGUUCUACCCUUAGGGGAGAAAAGGUGAGCUUAAGAUAGGAACACAAUGUGAGCUUGCGGGAUCAGGCCAAUGGCCCAUCUAGGCCAGCAUCCUGUCCUCUUGGUGGCCAACCAGAUGCCUGUGGGGAACCUGAAAACUGGGCAUAAGUGCAGCAGCUGAUAUUCAGAGGCAUCCUGCCUUUGACAGAGGAGGCACAAUGCAGGUAUGAUUCAGACUCUUCCAAUAUGGACGUUUGCAUGAAGACACAGAGCACACGUUAAUUUUCAUGGCACAGUGGCAGAAGCAGCAUGCCCUCCUCCCGAUGCCUCAGGCCAGUCCUCAAUUUGCUUCAUCUUGUUGCCUUUUCUAAACACAAGUGUUACAUCUUUUUGGUUGGGCUGUUGGAGAAUUAAAGGAACUUUGGCUCAUCAGUUAAAGCAGGGCAGGUUGUAGCUCAGUGGUAAGGCAUUCGCUUGUAUGCAGAAAGUCCCAGAUUCAACCAGUGGGAUCUCAGGGUAGGGCAGGGAAAGGCUGCCAGUCAGUGUGGACAAUAUUGAGCUGCGUGGACCACUGGUCUCACUCGCUAUAAGGCAGAUUCCUAUGUUCCUCUGCUUAAAUUUGCACAUGGGCAAAAUGAAGAGUUCUGAAGCAGCUUCCUUCUUUAUUUUUAGAUGAUUACAUAUGUGUCAUUUAGUAAGCAUCAUCUUCAAAGAGGCAUGUUCUCUUUUAUGGAUGAAUAUGAAGAAUUUCCCUCUUUUUCUUUUUCUUUGGAGUCCUCUAUCUGGAGCCUCUAUUAAGGUCCAGGGAUUGCAUACUCCUGGGGGUGGUAGAUGGUUAAUGGAGGGCCCUGGGUAGAAGACAGGGAAAAGUACAUCUUCCAGGGUGAGAGGCUGGGAAGGGAAAGGAAAGGUCCCAGCUGAGAGCUGGGAGGAGCUGCUAUCCCUCUGUGGAUGGUAAGGGCUAAGAAUUACUAAGAGGAGUCUGUACUUUACUUUUUCUAUUUGCAUUUUUUGUAGCUCCUAUUUUAUUGUAUGAUGAAAAACUUUAAUAAAAAUCUCCGAGAAAAAAAGAUUUGCCUUUUAACAUGGCACUGACCAUCUGUCAGUUUUACAACUGCUAGGUCGCCCUGACCUAACCACUGUGAUCCACACGACGGUCACCUCCAGGCUUGAUUAUUGUAACUCACUCUACGUGGGGCUGCCCUUGAGACUGACCCAGAAACUCCAGCAGGUGCAGAAUGCCGCAGUGAGACUCUUCAUGGGGUCCUUGCCAUGGGAGCACAUUCAUCCGGUGCUAUACCAGCUGCACUGGCUCCCGGUGGAGUACAGGAUCAGGUUUAAGGUGCUGGUUUUAACCUUUAAAGCCCUAUACAGCCUAGGACCCUCAUACCUACUGGAUCGCCUCUCCUGGUAUGUCCCACAGAGGAUCUUACGGUCUUCAAAUAAAAACAUCUUGGAGAUCCCAGACCCCAGGGAGAUUUGACUGGCCUCAACCAGAGCCAGGGCUUUUUCGGCCAUGGCCCCGAUCUGGUGGAACGCUCUGUCACAAGAGACUAGGGCCCUGCAGGACUUAACAUCUUUCCACAGGGCCUGCAAGACAGAGCUGUUCCACCAGGCCUUUGGCCAAGGCACAGUCUGACCCCCUUCUUCUGUAAUCCUCAUAGAACUCUAGCUCAAUGGUUGCCAUUUAUUUGAUUCUGAAUUGAUUUUAGAAUGAAUUGAUUUUAGAAUGUAUUUCAAUUAAUUGACUGUGAUUUUAUGUAAACUCUGCUAUUUUUAUUGUUGUUAGCUGCUCUGAGCCCGGCUUUGGCUGGGGAUGGUGGGAUAUAAAUAAAAUAUUAUUACUAUUAUUAUUAUUAUUAUUAUUAUUAUUAUUUACUAAAAAUGGGGAUUAAGAAUCUGCUGACUGAUUAAUUAAUUAAGUUUGAAAGAAGUAAAAUAGUUUAUUAGUCUAACAUUGUUUGGUCUAAUGUUGCUGUUUGGUAAUUUUGGCAUAAUAGAUUUGUUACUUUUCAGGGUGCCCCAAGACUUCAUUUUUUUAACACUGGUGUUUUUGCACUUACAAUUAUCCCCGAGUCGUCUUCAUUUUAGUGUCAGGCCUCCUUAGGGAGGAGGGUGUUUGUUUCUACGGAAGAUUGUACCAACACAUUGCUGCCUUGUUUAUUUUAGGAUGCAGUAGAGCACAAUUGACUGAUGCAGAAAAAAUGUAAAACUCUUCUGAAAUUGAAUUAUUAUUAUUUUUCAAUUUCACAUUUUUUUCCUGAGCCUGCAAGCACUGUGCUGGAAGGCAGGCAGGAAGGGAGCAGUCCUUGAACUUUAAGAUGACCGCUUACCACACAUACACUUACCGUAAUUUGUCCUGGUCAAACAAAAUCCAAUUUGCUUCUUUUUCAUGAAGUAAUCGUUUUCUGCUUGUAACAUAUGUAGUUCGCAUGAGCUGAUAAUCUUGCAAAUGUUCCUUUGCAGAACCAUUAGAUGCAAAAAUGCCAUGCAUUGAUUGCUUACUACUUGUGUAAUACUUGAGGUGUACACAGUGGUUAAAGCUUGUUUACAUGGUACUUGGAGGCAAGGCGGAUGCCUUCAUUUUGACUCUGGAUCAAAUGCAGCCAAGGUCAUGAGCAAAGCAUGCAUUCUUGACAAGCUAUGUUGCUAACUCUUUUGAAGAUUGAGGCACUGAGGAAUAUUAGGGCGAGAGGGUUCAUCAGUAUUAUCACAAUUCCAAAUUUUAACAGGCAGUAGUAAAGUUGGCCAAGCUUGCUCAUGACCUGAUGUUUCAAAGCAAUGAGUCCUUGAGCACCUCAACUUUGUUUAAGGUCAUAGAGUUCCACUCUCCCUAUCUUAUCUUAGUCACAAGGUCUAUGAGUCUUCCCCUCGUUCCUGUUUGGAUUCAACUACAGCCACUUUGCCCAUAUCCCAGCGGGUAAAGGUAAAGGGACCCCUGACCAUUAGGUCCAGUCGUGACUGACUCUGGGGUUGCGGCGCUCAUUUCUCUUUAUUGGCCGAGGGAGCCAGCGUACAGCUUCCGGGUCAUGUGGCCAGCAUGACUAAGCCGCUUAUGGCGAACCAGAGCAGCACACGGAAACGCUGUUUACCUUCCCGCUGGAGUGGUACCUAUUUAUCUACUUGCACUUUAACGUGCUUUCAAACUGCUAGGAGGGCAGGAGCUGGGACCGAGCAAUGGGAGCUCACCCCGUCACAGGGAUUCGAACCACUGACCUUCUGAUUGGCAAGUCCUAGGCUCUGUGGUUUAACCCACAGCGCCACCUGUGUCCCAUCCCAGCGGGUAGGCAUGGUUUUAUAUGAGUGUUCGUCUAUUUGUAUUCUAUUUCUUUUUAUUCACUUAUCCUCAUCAAGAGCUUCUCCCAUUUCAUCACUACAACCUGAGAGAUGGUAGAUUGUCCUAAAGCCAUCCAACUAGCCUCUCGGCUGACCAGAGAUUUGGACCCGGGUCUCCCUGACUCACUUCCAAAACUCUCUCCACUACAACACAUUGGUAUCAAAUUUUAUUUGAUAGGUACAUGCACAAAAAGGACCCAUCACCAUCCAGGUUUAGGGCAGCUGUUGCAUAUAGUGUGGUAGCCUGCAUAGUAUAGCAGUUAGUGUGUUGGACUAGCACUGGGUUCCAAAUCCCCACUAUGCUGUGGCGUUUUCACAGGGUCAGUCAUGUCUCUAAGCCUAACCCACAUCGCAAUCCCUCCCUUGGAGAGGCUGGGAUAAAGAUGUCAUAUUAAAGAAGCGUCACUUGUGUCGCUUGCCCGCAUUUUCAAAACAUGAUUCUUCAUGAAUGCAAGAUAUCUUGAGUUUCACGAUAACUUUGUUUGCUUGUUUUAGGCUCACCCAUACCAAUGGCCCGAGACGGGCAGAACAGACCCGAGCCAAGCUGCACCCCCAAACGAAAGCUCUCUCCAGCAUCCAUUGGGAGCCCAAGUAGAACUAAGAAGCCAGUAUGGUAGAUGUCACAAUCUGUUAGAAUUUGAGAACGCUUGUGCAGAUUCCAGCUCUUAUAGAGAAGCGCCUGAUUCGGAGCAGGACGCCAGACGUCUGUUGCAUCACAGGUUGCAUCCAAAGCCAUUUGCUGCUCCUUUAGCUGCCAGGAGGUCUGGUCAGGACAGCCCGUUCUCUCCAGACUCGGCCUAUGUUGUUCAUCAGGAUGGCAAGCAAAAUUCCAUGAACUUGACCUUUGCUAGGAAUCCUCUUCAGCCAAGCUCCUACCAGAACUUCACAGGGUUUCCUUCACCAUGUACUGGUGAAAAGAAGAAAUACCGAUGUGAUCCUGAAAACGCUUCUGGGUCCCGCCACCAGUAUCCCUAUAGGCAUACAGUUUCAGAGCCUCGGUCUACCGCCAGACAUGGCAAGUGUUGGAACCUCGUAGGGCACAAGAGCUUUUCGGAUGCCUACAAUGCUAAUCUUCAACAGCCUGUAAACGGAGAAGUUUUGUCUUGGAACCCCAGACAGAUUUAUACAAAGAAGACCCUCGGCAGCUAUGUUUCUGGUAACUCAGAGUAAGGAUGCAGGAUAAUCAAUAUUAUUAAAAGAGUCAGAGAAUCAGGGGAGCAUUGUAGAUAUAUACAGGGCUGUCUUAAGCAUAUCCGGUGCCAUGGUGAAAAGAUCCCUCUGGCGCCCCCCCCCGGCAACUCCAAAACAAGGGACGGGAUGGUAGAAAAUGUCCUCUGCCUCCCCCACCGCCCCGAUCCCUGCCGUGGCAGCGGCGAUUAAGCAGGAAAAUGUGCUGGCAGACAUGCUCUCUGGUGUUGGGGCACCCGAGAAGGCAGCCUGGGAAGGCUGUGCGCCACCUUUUGCCAGGAAGCAGGAGGAGGACCACAACAGGGAGCAGGGCAGUCUUUAGCAGAUGCAGAGGCUUGGGAGGGAAGCUGCAUACAGCUUCCAUCCUAAGCCUACAGGGGUCGCUCUCCUCCUGCGGAGGCUUGGGAAGGAAGCUGCAUGCCCGCCAUCCAUAUAGUUGGCAGGGCGCAGCUGGAGGGCAUGCAGGGAAAGGGGAGGCUGCCGGUAAAGCUGCGCAGCUCCCCCACUCGCUAGGGCACCCCUGAGAGGCUGGCGCCCUGGCACAAUGAACCACUAACACCAAUGGGAAAGACGGCUCUGGAUAUAUAGCUAGUACUUGCUCGUUUUCUCUUGAUUUGGGCCUGAAAUUGCCAUGAAUACAGACUGUGGUCCCCAAUUAGCACAUAACAGAUACUAACUUUUCCGCAGUAUUGCCCAUGUUUUUACCUUUACAAUUGUCUUGCAAUACCUCUCAUCCACUGUAACAGCUUUUUUCAAAAAAAAAAUUUUGUUGUGCUGCUUCUAGCAUUCAUCAUGCACCUUCAUCUCUCUUUCACACACACAGGCUUUGUUAUCCCACUUAGCAGCCAGGUGAGUGGGGUAGCGAGGAAGGCUCACUCAUUUGUUUUAGGGUACAGAGAAACUUAUUUGGUUAUGCUAUCUCAUGGUACUUAACUAGCCAGCCAAAGCCGUCACCUUGACAAAGGAACUGGUUUGGCAAGCUUGCUCUUAUACAUUCUACCCCACCAAAUACAGGACUGCAGCUUCUGAAAGGGAUUCCAUCCAGACUGACCUCCCAACUCAUAGCAGUUUGUUUUUCCAACCAGCAAUUGUCUUAACAGACUGCUUAUUUCCACACUCCACUGCAAUAUAUAUCAUGGAAUCAUAGAAUCCUAGAGUUGGAAGGGACCCCAGAGAUCACCUUGUCCAACCUCCUUCAGUGCAGGAAUCUUAACUAAAGCAUCCAUGACAGGUGGCCAUCCAACCUCUGUUUUAAAAUCUGCAUUGAAGGAGAGUCCACCGCCUUCUAAAGAAGUCUGUUUCACUGUCAAACAGCUCUUACUGUUAGGAAGUUCUAUCGGAAUCUCCUUUCUUGCAAUUGAAGCCAUCGGUUCAGAUUCUACCCUCUGGAGCAGCAGAAAACAAACUUACUCCAUCUUCCAUGUGACAGGCCUUUAAACAGUUGAAGAUGGCUAUCAUAUCUUCUCUUAGUCUCCUCUUUUCCAGGCGAAACAUACCCAAGUCCCUCAACUGUUCCUCAUAAGGCUUGGUUUCCAGACCCUUGGUCAUCUUCAUUGCCCUCCUCUGCCCAUGUUCCAUCUUAUCAAUAUCCUUCUUAAUCUGUGGUGCCCAGAACUAGACAAGGUACUCUGCGUGGAGUCUGACAAAGGCAGAAUAGAGUGGUACUGUUGCUAUACCUUACCCAACUCCCAAGUCAUAUGACUACCUAGGUAAAGGUAAAGGUACCCCUGACCAUUAGGUCCAGUUGCGGACGACUCGGGGGUUGCGGUGCUCAUCUCGCUCUAUAGGCCGAGGAAGCCGGCGUUUGUCCGCAGACAGCUUCUGGGUCAUGUGACUAAGCCGCUUCUGGCGAACCAGAGCAGCGCACGGAAAUGCUGUUUACCUUCCCGCCAGAGCAGUACCUAUUUAUCUACUUGCACUUUGACGUGCUUUUGAACUGCUAGGUUGGCAGGAGCAGGGACUGAGCAACGGGAGCUCACCCCGUCGCAGGGAUUCGAACCGCCGACCUUCUGAUCAGCAAGCCCUAGGCUCUGUGGUUUAGACCACAGCGCCACCCGCGUCCCUAUAUGACUAGCUAGAUAGGUCUAAAAAUGAUUCUCACCCCGCUGCUGCUGCUUUCCAUGGUCUUCCUUUUUACUUUGUUUCCUUUUGCUUCCCUUUUCCUGCUCUUCUUCCUUGAGGCCGUCCCAACCACCUGCUCACACCCCUGUAAGAGCCCUUUCCCCAGCCACCCGGCUCAUCCAGGCAGCAGAGCGGCAUCACCGAGAAAUCUCUCAGCUGGCAGAUGAUCACCUCGCUGUGAGCCAGUUCACGGCCAUGUUUCCUCCCAUUAUACAGAGGGGAGAGAGCGACUCGCAACUCAACAUGGAGAGCUGUGAACAGACCCGCCAGCCCAUUCUGAGCCGCAGCAAUUCCGAAGGCUACUUGAUUCAGAUGGAAAAACAGAAGGAGAGGAAGGAGAACAGGAAGGUAAGCUGGGAAGAGCACCAAGAAGAGCAGGGGUGGGUGGGUGGAAGGAGGCCUGUGGUCCCCUGGUGUUUUGUGAUAGAUCUGCAAGGAAUUCUGGCUCUCAGUUCCUUGAGCAACAAUGAAAAAGAUCACUAUCACCUCCUUCUAAAUCAGUGGUUCCCACCUUUAAGAGAGGACUCUGUGUUUCCUUUUCUCUUUGUUUCUCCGUUUUUGUUUUAAUUUAGAUUACUUUCUUUUGUCUUAUUGGAUUACCAAAAAAAAAAAAAAAAAGCUUUAAUAAAAUCUUACCAAAAAUAAAUUAAUCAGUGGUUCCCUAAGUAGGUGGUAGCACCCCUGGGGUGGGGGCAGGAAGUUACCUAGUGGAGCACAGGAUGUAUAAAUGACUAUCAGGCUUUGAGAAGCUGGUUUUACCAGAGCAAGUACACCAGUUGUUUGUUUGUUUGUUUAAUUAAUAAAGCUAAAUAGUUUUAAUUGGAUUUUGACUAAAUUAUUACUGUUUUGAAUUUUGAGUUAGUAUCUUCCUUAGUGGAAAGUACUGAGGAGGAGUUUAUGGACACAAAGGGACAGUGGUCAAACAAACUUUGGAAACCACUGUUCCAAAUUAUUUAUUUAUUUAUUUCCUAAAAUUAAUAUACUGAUUAGUUGUUGUUGUUUUGUUGUUGUUGUUGUUUUUAAAAAAUACCCACCUUAGGCUGAUGAGAUGUAGAAGGUAUUUGGGGGCGUGGGUGGGGGGAAUCAGGUGUGUUUUUGUGUGUGUGAUGGGACUCGUGAAAGGGGAGCAAUUCAACUUCAUUAGCAUUUUGAGGCCCCAUCUGCCCUGUGCAUUGAAAGUAGUAUCACAACACUUUAAACAUUCACAGCUUCUCCCAAAGAAUCCUGGGAGAUGUAGUUUGUUAAGGUGUGGUUGAGCAGCCAGCCUUUAUUCCCAGGGAACUCUCAGCAGCCUAACUCAAGGAUGGGGAGUUUGUGGCCCUUCCAGAUGUUGAUGGGUUCCAACUCCCAUCCCCCCAGGAAGCAUGGCCAGUGGUCAGGAGUGAUGGGAGUUGUUGUCCAGUGAGGAAUGGAGUGGUGCCUUUUAAGAUUAUGUUUGCCACCCACAUUCUUUGUAAGUACUAGUUUCAUAAGGAAAGAAAAUCUGCUGCCCAAUUGGCUGUCCAUUAGCAAAUUAAUUGGGGAAUUAAUCCAUUGUACAAAGUGCCAACCCCGCAAUGAGAAAUGUAAUUUUGGAAAGCACCAAAGUGUUGCAAUUAAGGUCCCAUAACAAAUGAAUAACAUAAGCAAAUGGUGACAAUGGCAACGGAAGAGUGCAUUUAACUGCAAAUGCCAGAGAGGGGUAUUUUGUUUUUCAAAAUUUUUUAUCCUUCUCUUUUCCACUCCCCAAAGAACUUGCUCAAAGCAGUUUCCCAGUAUAAAAGCAAUUUGUUGUUGUUGUUUAGUUGUUUAGUCGUGUCCGACUCUUUGUGACCCCAUGGACCAGAGCACGCCAGGCACUCCUAUCUUCCACUGCCUCCCACAGUUUGGUCAAACUCAUGCUGGUAGCUUCGAGAACACUGUCCAACCAUCUCGUCCUCUGUCGUCCCCUUCUCCUUGUGCCCUCCAUCUUUCCCAACAUCAGGGUCUUUUCCAGGGAGUCUUCUCUUCUCAUGAUGUGGCCAAAGUACUGGAGCCUCAGCUUCAGGAUCUGUCGUUCCAGUGAGCACUCAGGGCUGAUUUCCUUCAGAAUGGAGAGGUUUGAUCUUCUUGCAGUCCAUGGGACUCUCAAGGGUCUCCUCCAGCACCAUAAUUCAAAAGCAUCAAUUCUUCGGCGAUCAGCCUUCUUUAUGGUCCAGCUCUCACUUCCAUACAUCACCACUGGGAAAACCAUAGCUUUAACUAUACGGACCUUUGUUGGCAAGGUGAUGUCUCUGCUUUUUCAGAUGCUGUCUAGGGUUGUCAUUGCUUUUCUCCCAAGAAGCAGGCAUCUUUUAAUUUCGUGACUGCUGUCACCAUCUGCAGUGAUCAUGGAACCCAAGAAAGUAAAUCUCUCACUGCCUCCAUUUCUUCCCCUUCUAUUUGCCAGGAGGUGAUGGGACCAGUGGCCAUGAUCUUCGGGUUUUUUGAUGUUGAGCUUCAGACCAUAUUUUGCACUCUCCUCUUUCACCUUCAUUAAAAGGUUCUUUAAUUCCUCCUCACUUUGUGCCAUCAAGGUUGUGUCAUCUGCAUAUCUGAGGUUGUUGAUAUUCCUUCCGGCAAUCUUAAUUCCGGUUUGGGAUUCAUUCAGUCCAGCUUUUCGCAUGAUGAAUUCUGCAUAUAAGUUAGAUAAGCAGGGAGACAAUAUACAGCCUUUCCCAAUUUUUAACCAAUCAAUUGUUCCAUAUCCUGUUCUAACUGUAGCUUCUUGUCCCACAUAGAGAUUUCUCAGGAGACAGAUGAGGUGAUCAGGCACUCCCAUUUCUUUAAGAACUUGCCAUAGUUUGCUGUGGUCGACAUAGUCAAAUGCUUUUGUGUAGUCAAUGAAACAGAAGUAGAUUUUUUCUGGGACUCUCUAGCUUUCUCCAUAAUUCAGUGCAUGUUUGCAAUUUGGUCUCUGGUUCCUCUGCCCCUUCGAAAUCCAGCUUGCACUUCUGGGAGUUCUCGGUCCACAUACUGCUUAAGCCUGCCUUGUAGAAUUUUAAGCAUAACCUUGCUAGUGUGUGAAAUGAGUGUAAUUGUGUGGUAGUUGGAGCAUUCUUUAGCACUGCCCUUCUUUGGGAUUGGGAUGUAGACUGAUCUUCUCCAAUCCUCUGGCCACUGCUGAGUUUUCCAAACUUGCUGGGAUAUUGAGUGUUAAGCAAUUAUUUUUUAAUAAACAACAAUUAUCUCCUCACUAAAGCACAAAUUAGCAAACUCAAAGCAGCAGUAUUAAGAACAAAAGGAGCAGCACUCACGAGCAACAUGACCAGGAGCAACAGAAUCAAAAGCUUAUUGAGAAAGGAGAGUUUAAGAAAUAAUAAUUCAUUUGCUAGUAUUUUAUUCCUAGUAUCUGUGCUAACCAAUCCAUUUGCUACAUCUUCCCUGCCGCCACAUUAUGAGAUCUGUCAUAUGGAAGGAUGCAGGGGGCACUGUUUCACCUUUAAGCUGUUGCAUCCAUAAAACAGUUUCAAACACAGCCAUUUAUAUACAUCAGCAGGAAGCCAGGCUGCAAGUCCGAGAGGGAACCAUUACCCUUGCCAUGCCCAUUUUGCUCCUCAAUAUACCCUGCCCACUUCCCAAGGAAAAUAAACUGGAUGCUACAGGAUUCCUGAAGCUCAAAUAUUCUCACAACAAACUUAACCAGGGUCCCAGUUCACUACAGCUUUGAUUUUGUGGUUCCUUUUUUCAACAGCACGUCCAGACUCCAUGCAGUAACAAUUACAUCCUGAAACUGGGACAGGACGAUUUUGAAAAAUAUCCUCAUGCACCCAUGACAAAUUGUAAUGUUUAAGAAGCAGGCUUCUGGCCCCAGAGCAGACAGGCUAAGCUGAAAUAAUUGUCCAUGAGUGAUGACUCAGAUGGCUCUUUGUGGAUUGCUGCUUCACUGCCCCUAAGAAGGGGGUUAGCUGGAUUAGAACCAUAACUGCAGGGCAGAUUUCCUUCCCUUUCUCUUCCUCCAUAUCCAGACUAUCAUCUUUUGUUCCCUUUUUGGGAUAACGGUCUUAACACACAGGCACACAGGCUUCUGAAGAAUUUCACAGAGGGUUGCCAUUUAUAAUACAACCUGGCCCCCCAACUUUUGAGAAGUUCUCUUUGCUUGCUUGCUGGAAAUGUUUACAUUUUUCUCAAAGACAGCCACAACAACACCAAGUUGUGAAAAUGAUCCUUGACAGAAAGGGAUAUCAGUUUCUAAUUCUAGUUUUCCUUAUCAAGCUUCUGGCCCAAGUCUUCCUUUUCCCCCAGCCUGUGGGUGGGACUCUCACAGCCAAAUUCUCUGGGGCUAUUUUGCUGGAUGCUUCAGAGCAAACAGAAAUUUGAAUCUCGGCAGUUAAAGCUGUGUGGGGCAAGUGAGAGCCCAGACACGCUCACCGGAAAACCUAAAAGUAAGAUCCCCAUUCCUAUUGCAGUUCCUGAGUUUGCAAUUGGGCCUGUGCAGCAAAUUCAGAGCCUUCCUGUCAACGCUUGGGUUGUCUUUGGCUCAGCUGAGUUGUCACAGGAAGCCACUGUUUCCCAUACAGGAGCAAGUUAUCGCAAGGAGCUCAUGUGUCAUACCUUGUCCUCCUCUUGUGCAUGCCAGAGGAAAUCAAAAGCUUUAUUCCAGUCCUGAACAAACCGCAGUUUAUCUUGAUGUUCCCAAACUCAAGGAACUGUGGCUUGUUUAUGUUCUAGUUAGUGAAAGCAAACCAGGAUCAAAGCAAAGUUUCAGGUGCUCACUUGUGCACUAACUUGAGUUUGAACCAACCACAGUUUCACGAGUUUGAAUGUCAUGAGGAAUAUCUUCAAGGCCCCUCUCCAGUUGUUGUUGUUGUUUUUCCUGCUCUUCCUGUGGUCAUUAUUGAUCCUUGCAGUCCUGGUUAAAUAAGUCUUCUAAUAAUGAUUGGUGGAGGUCUUUGUCUUUUGCUCAGAAAGCAAAACUUCAUCCCAACAUCCCCACUCUCUGCUUAGGGUUCCAGGACAAAAGGCUACAUGAAGAUGGACCUCAAGCUUGGAGGCCUUGGCCCUGACUAUGAAACCAUCAAAGAGAAAGUAAGCAGCAUGUAUGGCAAUAAAAAAAAUAAAAAAUAGUUUGCACAUCUUGCAACUGCCCUGCAGUGGGCACAACAACAGGUGCAAUAUUAUUGUUGUUAAUAUGAAUAUAUUUAAUAUUGGGCGGUAUCCAGUGCUCCCCUUCCACUAGAACAAGUGAUGUACACUAUCAGAAUGGACCUCUCCUCUCCCCUGAAGCCUCUGGUGUGCUUCCAAAAUCGGCUCUGGAGGGACGAAAGGAAACACAAAUGCUACUGGGCCAGCAGAACUCCACCAGUGCUACUUUGGAUACAGGCUGUUGUUGUUGUUGUUGUUGUUGUUGUUGUUGUUACUGAUACUACUACUAUAUUUUUAAUUGAUUUGUUAAUUUAUUAGAUUUGUUACCUGCCCUUCACCACUAGCUCCUACGGCAAGUCACAACAAUGUAAAAACGCAGUAUUAAAAUCAGUUAAAUCAACUUACUAUCAGAAAGAUUGGGAUGGGGGUAGCCUAAGGUGCCUGAGCCUGCUGUCCCUUUCCCUCCCCCCCCCCCCCAAGGACGCACAGUCCUGGUGAGACCCCAGCCACCCCCACUGUCUUCAUUUUCCUGGAGGCAUCUAUACCUUUAAAUUAGCACCUGCAAAUGGUACACAAAUUUGUGGUGUGGGGCUGUUCCCCAAAUGAAUUCUUUGUGUUAUGUAGCAGCAUCCCUAAGGGACAAUGAAUUUGAAAUUGGGGGUAGCGGAGGUUUUUUAAGUCGGGAAUGGUGUGGAGACUUGGACUCCCAUCAACCCCUCAUCAAUGGCAAUUAUGUCUGGGGCUGAUGUGGACUGGAGUCCCCAAAACAUCUUGGUGGGGGCGGCCUGAGGGAAUCUAGACUAGAUGAUCUGCUCCCAUCCAUCCCUGUGGUUCUGUUUGUUCUUCCUGACCCAAAGAAACAGAGGUGGGGGCAGGGGCAGACACUGCAUCCUCCAAACCCAGGCACAUUCAAAAUAGAUCAUAUUUUCAAUCUGCCGUUUUCUUUGCCCUUUGGCAAAGGUAUCCAUUAGUCGAUACUCACCUGCGGAGAAUUCCAAUUGCAGAUAAGUACACCCAAGUUUAUUCUCUUCCAGCUGGUUCAAGUGUGCAUUACUUUAAUGCAAUUGAGCUGCCCUUGCGAAUUCAGAUGGCCUGGCUUUAUUGCAGAAGGGAGGAAAAUGAAAGUAAGCACAGCAGAGCAAAUGCAGCCGUAGAGUAGCUGAAUGCACAUUAGGCCCUGUUAAGAAACAUCAGGUGUUGCUGGACCAAAGAAGAAGAUGGAGCCAAUCAUCCAAGAAAGGGCCUGAAAGAAGCCUCUUUUCUCCCCCUUUACCGUGGAUGAUUUUGCAAGAUGCUCUGAGCAGAUAGAUGGGAGAACAUAAUCCUGGCUGCCCUUCCACCCUACUGAUAAGACAACAGUCAUAUAGCAUUUGCAGUCUAGGAGAGCACCGCGGGGUGUUGCAGUGGGGGAAAUAAUUCAGCAGACAGCACCAGUCCAGAGUACUUUAAAAGCUGCUUUGAUUCCUUUGGCCUUGUGUGUGAAAUGAAGCAGAUUGGACAGCUGAAAUGGGAAUAAAUGCAGAGAUCCAUAGCUACACAUACAGCCUUUGUGAAACCAUGAGGUUUUGUUUCUCCAUAAAAUUAUGUGUCAAGCAUAAUGUGCCAUUCUGGUAUGACUAGGGCCAUAAUGAUGUUUUAUCGUGUUUUUAAUAUUUUUUGUUGUGGUGGUUGUUGUUAUUAGCCCUGAGCACCGAAAAGGUUAUAUGCCCGCCCCAAUAUGAUUUUUUAAAUUAAAAAAUAUAUUAAACCAUAUAAGAUUUAAAGAUUUAAGCACGUGCUUCUCCAGACCAGUGGUUAAUCCAUCGCCACAUAUGACUGGAAUGGCACGAGUGGCGUCUAAGACGAAAAAUCAUUUCUAAGGAAAUUCCCACCCACUUACUAUAAAUUUCAGUAGUUAAAUAUUGAAAUUUUUAAUAUUGUAUUGCUUGUAAGCCACCCAGGGGCUAUUUAUUGAUGGGUAGCUAUAAAAAUUUAAUGCAUAAAUAAAUUUGAGUUUGAACAUGUCUCCAUUGUUGAAAUAAGGCAGAUGGAUAUACAGUGGAACCUCGUGUUAUGUACCUUCCCCCUUGUGAACGCUGCGGGUUAUGAGCUCCGCUAACCCGGAAGUAGAUGCUCCCAGUUGCGACCCUUUCCCUGGGAUGCGAGCGGAAGUCGCGCGCCAGCAGCAUGGCAGCAGCGGGAGGCAGCAUUAGCGAAAGCGCGCCUCAUGUUAUGAGCGGUUUUGGGUUACAAAUGGAUCUCCAGAAUGGAUUAAGUUCGUAACCGGAGGUACCACUGUAUAACUGUUUCUGUUGUUUUGAAAACAUAAAAGAUGAACAACCUGCCUGGAACAUGAGAGGAGGGGCAGGAAUGGUCGCUGAUAGUCCUGUUCAACUUGAUAGAAUAUCCAUGUCAUGUCAUUUAUGAAGCCAAAAGUGAGCUAAACUCUCAGUGAUUUCUCUUUAAGUGUCCUAUCCACACCCUCAAAGUAAGCUGGGUGAGCUGACCACGCAAUCAGAAACACAAAAGAGAACAGAAGAUAAUUUAAGUCAUUAGUCAUGUUUGUAUCCUGUGUGUUCCUCAAGAUGUAUAUGGUGGCAUAAACCCCAUUUCAUCUUCACAACAUUCCUGUGAUGUAGGCUAGGGCAAGAGACCAUGCUUUGACAAAUACCACCCACUGAUCUUUGUACUCCUGGGAUUAAGAAGUCCAGCACUCUAUCCUCUUCCAGAAGCAGCUGACACAGUGCCCUCUAGAUAUUUCUGAACCACAGCUCCCAUCAUCCCAGACCAUUGGCCAUGCUUGGCAGGGGAGUCCAACAACAGUCCCUGCUCUCGUCUCUAAAUUUAUCACGACCAUCACACCGCAUCCUUACAGUAUCCGCCCCAGACUUGUUAAACAGUCCUUCCACUACUGCCAUUUGUCUCCUGACAGUCUGAAAAGAUGAAGCAACAGAAGGAAUAUGCCAAGCAGGUUAAGGAACACAACAUGAAGAACAUCUCGAGCGCUCGGAAACCGCAGCCGAGGCACGACAACAAAUCGGCCCUGUCCAGGCAGAAGGUGAGUCAGCUCCCAGAAAGAGAAACUCAGCAAGUAGAGGGAUAAGAGGCACUGGAUGGCUCAGCCCCUUUCCUUGAGUCAACAGCAUAUAGGAUGCUUCCAUGUGGCAGUUUAUUGCUCAUGCAUCACAUGCAAGUGGUUUGUGUGUUUUUUGCAUCAUCCAUGCAACACCAUUCUCAUCAAAAGGCCAUCCCACUUCUCGCACCUCAGCUCAAUCCACUUUUGCCAUUUCUCUAGGAUUUUAUUUACAUAAUGGAUUUUCCACUGGAAACUUUGAAUCCAGAUUAAGUGGGGAGACGGUUUGAGGUGGCCUUUUGAUGAAAAGACGGUGUGGUGCAGGCACUAAGCAAAGCUUUUACGCAUGAGGAACGCCAAGUCGAUAAACUGCCACUUGGACAUGCCCACAGAGGCUCUCUGUGCUGUAAAACAUGCAGUUCACAUGGUAAAUAACCACUUAAUGAAUGGUUAUCUCUGUUCACCUGCUGCUUCUCCCUUAAAGCAGCAUGAAGGUGAUUUCAGCAGACCAGUGGCUGGGAAGAUGGCAGGCAUGGUAAAGCAUCCUUAACCCGUCCACCACCCACUUCUCAAUUUUUUAGAUUUCCCCAAACCUAGUUACUUUUCUCCCAUAUUCCAAACUUGCAUGUGGAAUCCCAGCUGGGGAGGAGGGACAGUGUGUGAGGGAUGUGUGUGAGGGGUCAUUGUGUGGAAACAGAAGCCAGGGGGAGGGUUAAGCAUCCCUCCUCCAGCCUAUGGCUUCCCACUUGAAAACGGAACCCAGCCACCGGCACUGCCAGAUGAGAAGUAGAUGCUGGAUGUGUAACUGUGCCCUUUCCUGGGAAGCACAGUGUUCCCCCUGCUGUGUUCAUUCAUUUUUUCAUUUGCUUCCUUCAGGCCCUAGAGUACGCCAAGACCAUCCCCAAGCCCAAGCUAUAUGUGUCGAGGCCGUCGGAACAAGAGCCCAAGGACGAAAAGAACCUGGCGCGCACCUUAAACGGAGAGAAUCUUCCUCCCAUUUCAUCUCUCGAAUCCCUGCAGAACAGGCACGAAAAGGAGAAGCAAGUCGUUGCAGCUUUCAAAACCCUUCAUAUUGUAUGAGACUGAGCCCAAAGUCACAGGGACUGCAGGCCUUCCGAAGCAGCAGAGAACUGGACCGUUUUGCUCUGCUCUUUUGAUGGUCGCCCCAAAUGCCCAAGGACUGGCAUUGAAUUAUGAGUUUCCGCUAUCACAAAAUGAACUUUGAAGAUGUGAAGUAUUUUUCUCUCCUUAUUCACCCUCCCUCCCUUGUUUUUAUUUUUUUUUAUGUCAGAUUUUAUUGUUGCUAAUUAAAGAGUUGGAUAGGUAAUGUUCUAGAACGGUCUUAAUUUAUUUACACCACCUUUCCCCCUUUUAUUAUUUCCUUGCCAAAUCCUUCGCUGGGCCAAUGUCAUAUUACACCUAGGGCCACUCCAGAUUGGUGAGGGGUUGUGGGUUUUUUUUGGGGGGGGGUUAUGAACACUGUUAUUUUCCAGUCAGGCAGAAGUCAGCUAAAGUAAAUAUAUGAUUUUAUGCUAAUGAUGUGUGUUGAAAUGCUGUCAAAUGCUCAAGCUGACUUGAAGUACCUUUGGAAAUGCUCUGGGGUGGCUUGUUUUGAAGAAAAACUGCAAAGCAACAGUUAUGCCAAGGUGUAAUUUUGGUGCCUACCCCAAGGGUCGCAGAUGACACUUGAUCGUGAACUUGAACUACUAAAACCUUAGUGAACUACAGGCAGCCCACCCAGCCUAGCCCUGUUUAUGUGGGGGUUACAUCACAAGGCACCUCACGUGCAGAGCCAUAUUUACAUAUACAAGCUAUAGCUUAGGGCCCCCAAAAAAUCUAAAGGGG